AGGCGCGCCGGCUCGAGCGUGAGUCCCUCCUUGAGGAGGGCGGCUCGGGCAUAGGGGCUAUGGCCGAGCCAAGCCCCGCAGAGGCGGCGCCUGGUGACGGCGACGAGGAGCGCCAGCCUUUCGACACCAACGCGGACGUCCUGCCCUCCGAGCGCCGCAAGGAGCCGGCCGCACCAGAGACCGAGGAGAAGAAGAUCAGCAAGCGCAAGCAGAGGAAGCUCGAGCAGCUCGCGAAGAAGAAGGAGAGCAGGGAGCUGCGAUCUGGCGUGCUCGACGAGCUCAAGGGCGUGCAGCUGACCCCAGAGCAGGCGCUGCUCAUGCGGUCCAGCCAGAGCGUGCGGCUGUCGCGCCGGGAGAAGGUCGCCGUGGCCAAGCGCCACGUCGCGCUGGGCGUCCCCGUGCCCGAGGACCUGCUGCCGCUCCGCCGGCGCGCGGAGCCGGGCCCUGCCGAGGGCGCCAAAGACGGCGAGGAUGGAGCGCAUGCGGACGCCGACCCCGACGAGACCAGCGUGGUCGCCGUGGCCAGGCACUCCGCAGCGUUUCGCCGAUCCCCAUGCCCACAUCCCCGCUGGGCCAUGGCACUUCGGCCCCACCAAUCCACCCUCCUGACGCGGGGAUAGGCUACGCGGUGCCCGCAG